GGGAUUUACAUACAUGUGUGAGCAUGCAUCAAGACAUUAACAAUAGCUGUACCAGCAGAAGCAGUACCAAUAUUGUUAUUAAUAUUUCCUAAAUACCAUUAAUACUGAUAUUUCCUAAUAACUACAACACAAGUGUUUGGCUCUACAUAUCUGUUUUUAUCAUUCAUUUGGGCUGCCUGUUAUUUUCCAAAAGGUUUGUAACUCCUUCCUAAAACUAACCAGGAACUUUCAUCUGUUAUGCAAAUGUGUCAACAUUCACAUAACAUAUGCAUAACAAUCAUAACAGUCCAUCUUAAAAUCCAUCUGUUAUUAUGGAUAAACAAUUGCAUAACAGUCAUUAUUCUAGUGGCACCAUGGUGUUUCUAAUUCUAAUUCAUGUGGUUGUCAAGGUAACUAUUGUAGAAGCAAGUGGUCGCAUUGGUGGACGGGUUGAAACCUACAGAAAUGAAAAAGAUGGGUGGUAUGCUGAACUGGGGGCCAUGAGGAUCCCAAGUUUUCACCGAAUUGUGCAAUGGUUUGCUGAUGACCUAGGGGUCAAUUUGAAUGAAUUCAUCAUGGAUAACCCUAACACCUUUUACCAUGUUAAUGGAAAGCGGAAAAGAACAUUUGCAGCACAAGCAAAUCCCGAUGUUCUUGGGUACAAUGUGUGGCCAAGUGAAAAAGGGAAGUCAGCAGAUGAACUCCUUCAGCAAGCUUUACAGAAGGUGAGAAAAAAGGAAGAGAGUCAAACGUCUCUGGAGUACCUGAAAGAAGAAGGAGAUCUGAGCCCCGAAGCAUUGAGAAUGAUUGGAGAGCUGCUCAACGAACAGAGUCUUAUGUACACUGCACUUAGUGAGAUGAUCUAUGACCAAACUGACAUCAGUGACAGCACCAAGUACUUUGAAGUUGUUGGUGGGUCUGAUCUUCUCCCCAAAGCUUUUCUUACUGUCCUUGAUAUCCCUAUUGUCCUGAACUCUAGAGUCAAGCGUAUCAGUCACUCACACAAAGGAGUCAUUGUAUCAUACCAAACUGGACAACAGUCCUCUCUUACUGAUCUUCAGGCUGAUGUUGUCCUAGUAACAACCACAACAAAAGCAGUUCUAUUUAUGGAUUUCAUCCCACCUCUGUCCCCCAAAAAGAUGGAGGCACUGAGGGCUGUCCAUUAUGACAGCUCUACUAAGAUCCUCCUCACCUUUAACAACAAGUUCUGGGAGAACGAUGGUAUCCGAGGAGGAAAGAGCAUCACAGACGGGCCUACUCGUUUUAUCUACUAUCCCGGCCACAGUUUCCAAAAAAAUAAAACCAUCGGUGUCCUCCUGGCUUCCUACACCUGGGGUGAUGAUUCACUACUCUUCCUAGGUGCAAGUGAUGAAGCCCUCAAAGAGCUGGCUCUGAGCGAUUUGGCAAAGAUUCACGGUGAGCAGGUCUGGGAUUUCUGCACUGGGGUGGUGGUGAAAAAGUGGAGCAUGGAUCCUUACAGCCUUGGUGCCUUCGCUCUGUUCACCCCCUACCAACACUUAGAGUACGCAAAGGAGCUCUUUAAAAGUGAAGGCAGGGUCCACUUUGCUGGUGAACACACAGCCUUCCCUCAUGCUUGGAUUGAGACGUCCAUGAAAUCUGCAAUAAGAGCAGCGAAAAACAUUAACAGAGCUGUGCUGCUGAAUUCAGAGUCAGCUAAAUGUCGAAAAAGAGAUGAACUCUAGGGUCUGACAUAUUUAGUCUUCAACAAUCUUCAAAAGAAGGAUCCUUAAACCACUU